GGGGUGGGGGGAGGCACGGGGCGCCCUUCGCUCCCUCCUCCCGAGGAGCCGCCGCCGCCGCCGCCGCUGCCGCCGCCAUUUUGGGUUCGCUUUGCGGAGGGGGAGACGAUCCCGGUCUCGGUGGCGGGACCCGCCUCCCCUGUUUCCACCGCCUCCCUCCGCACCGUGAACCCUCCGCCUUUUCCCUUCUCGCUCUCCUCGCUCUCCUCGCUCUCUCGCGCGUUUCCGCCAGUCGGCUUAGCCGCUGGCCGACUCCUGACGAGAGCGGGAGGGAUCCGCUGUGGACCCGGGGAAGCGGAGGCGCCUGGCGGCCACCCUCUGCCCCCACGGCGCACACACAGACACACACAGACACACACACACACACACACACUCCCUCCUCCUCCUCUCCCCCACUUGUCUGCACUCUCAUCGCUCUCGGCCUCGGCCUCUGACACGAGAAAGAGAUGCUGGUUCCAAGUUUUGGAGAUCCCUGCUUUUUGUGGAACACGGUUCUUUAAAAUUUUCCUAAGAUUUCUUGGCAAUAUAUAUGCUUGUGAUGGACCCUAGAAAUACUGCUAUGUUAGGAUUGGGCUCUGAUUCCGAAGGUUUUUUACGAAAGAGUCCUUCUGCCAUCCAUUCUGGCACGCUGGUCAAUAAGAGAGAAGUGGAGCUAGAGAAUAACGCAAAAGAGGAAGAGGACCUUCGAAAACGGAAUCGGGAAAGAAACAUCGAAACAGGGAAAGAGGAUGGUUUGACUGAUGCACAGCAACAGUUUUCAGUGAAAGAAACAAACUUUUCAGAGGGAAACUUAAAAUUGAAAAUUGGCCUUCAGGCUAAAAGAACUAAAAAACCUCCAAAGAACUUGGAAAAUUAUGUAUGUCGACCAGCCAUAAAAACAACUAUAAAGCAUCCAAGGAAAACACUUAAAACUGGGAAAAUGACUGAUGAAAAGAAUGAACACUGUUCUUCGAAACGGGACCCUUCAAAGUUGUACAAGAAAGCAGGGGAUGUUGCAGCCAUUGAAUGUCAAUCUGAAGAAAGCAUCCGUCUUCAUUUGCAGGGAGAAAACAAUCCUUUGUCCAAGAAGCUUUCUCCAGUACACUCAGAAAUGACCGAUUAUGUUAAUUUGUCACCAUCUACUCUUGUUGGUAGUCGGGAUCCUGAUUUAAAGGACAGAGCAUUACUUAAUGGAGGAACUAGUGUAACGGAAAAGUUAGCACAACUCAUUGCUACUUGUCCUCCCUCCAAGUCUUCCAAGACAAAACCGAAGAAGUUAGGAACAGGCACUACAGCAGGAUUGGUUAGCAAGGAUUUAAUCAGGAAAGCAGGCAUUGGCUCUGUAGCUGGAAUAAUACACAAGGACUUAAUAAAAAAACCAACUAUUAGCACAGCAGUUGGAUUGGUAACUAAAGAUCCUGGGAAAAAGCCAAUGUUUAAUCCAGCAGUAGGACUGGUCAGUAAAGACUCUGUGAAAAAAUUGGGCACUGGCACUACAGCUGUAUUCAUUAAUAAAGACUUAGGCAAAAAGCCAGGUACUAUCACUACAGUAGGACUGCUAAGCAAGGAUUCAGGAAAGAAGCUAGGAAUUGGUAUUGUGCCAGGUUUAAUGAAUAAGGAGUCUGGCAAGAAGUUAGGAAUUGGCACAGUGGUUGGACUGGUUAAUAAGGACUUGGGAAGGAAAUUGAGUUCUACUGUUGGCCUAGUGGCCAAAGACUGUGCAAAAAAGAUUGUAGCAAAUUCAUCAAUGGGAUUGGUUAAUAAAGACAUUGGAAAGAAGCUAGUGACCUGUCCUGUGGCAGGAUUGGUCAGUAAAGAUUCCAUAAAUCUUAAAGCUGAAGCACUGCUCUCCACUCAGGAUCCACUUAAGGCUUCUUGUAGUACAAACAUCAGUAAUCAUGAAAGUCAAGAACUUUCUGAGUCCUUGAAAGACAGUGCCACCAGCAAAAAUUUUGAGAAGAAUGUCAUGCGGCAGAGUAAAGAAAGUGUCCUGGAAAAGUUCUCAGUUCGAAAAGAAAUCAUUAAUUUGGAGAAAGAAAUAUUUAAUGAAGGAACGUGUAUUCAGCAAGACAGUUUCUCAUCCAGUGAAAGGGGAUCUUAUGACACCUCAAAGCAUGAAAAGCAACCUCCUGUAUAUUGCACUUCUACAGACUUUCAACUGGGAGGUGGUUCUGAUAUAACUACAGCUAAAUCUCCGUUUAGUGCAGUAGGAGAAAGCAAUCUGCCUUCCCCAUCACCUACUGUAUCUGUUAAUCCUUUAACUAAAAAUCCAUCUGAAACGUCUUCACAAUUGGCUCCUAAUCCAUUACGUCUAAGUCCUACUACAGAAUUAAUGGAAGAAAUUUCUGAAUCUGUUAAGAGUCAGUUUACUUCUGAAAGUGCUCAUUUGAAUGUUGGUCAUAGGUCAAUGGGUCAUAGCAUAAGUAUUGAAUGUAAAGGGAUUGAUAAAGAGCUAAAUGAUUCAAAAACUACACAUAUAGAUAUUCCAAGAAUAAGCUCUUCCCUUGGAAAAAAGCCAAAUUUGACUUCUGAAUCCAGUAUUCAUAGCAUUACUCCCUCAGUUGUUAACUUCACUAGUUUAUUUAGUAACAAACCUUUUCUAAAACUUGGUGCAGUAACUGCAUCAGACAAACACUGCCAAGUUGCUGAGAGUCUAAGUGCUAGUUUACAGUCCAAACCAUUAAAAAAAAGAAAAGGACGAAAACCUCGGUGGACUAAAGUGGUUGCAAGAAGCACAUGCCGGUCUCCAAAAGGGCUAGAGUUGGAGCGAUCAGAGCUUUUUAAAAAUGUUUCCUGUGGCUCACUAUCAAAUAGUUCUGAGCCAGCCAAGUUUAUGAAAAACAUUGGAUCAUCAUCAUUUGUAGAUCAUGACUUUCUUAAACGUCGAUUGCCAAAGUUGAGCAAAUCCACAGCUCCGUCUCUUGCUCUGUUAACUGAUAGUGAAAAACCGUCUCAUAAAUCUUUUGCUACUCAUAAACUAUCCUCUAGUAUGUGUGUGUCCAGUGACCUUUUGUCUGAUAUUUAUAAGCCCAAAAGAGGAAGGCCUAAAUCUAAAGAAAUGCCUCAGCUAGAAGGUCCACCUAAACGGACUUUAAAAAUUCCUGCCUCUAAAGUUUUUUCUUUGCAGUCUAAAGAAGAACAAGAACCCCCCAUUUUACAGCCAGAAAUUGAAAUCCCUUCUUUCAAACCAAGUUUGUCUGUGUCUCCUUUUCCAAAAAAGAGAGGCAGGCCUAAGAGGCAAAUGAGAUCUCCAGUCAAGAUGAAACCACCUGUGCUGUCUGUGGCUCCAUUUGUUGCCACUGACAGUCCAAGCAAGUUGGAGUCAGAAAGUGACAACCAGAGAAGCAGCAGUGAUUUCUUUGAGAGUGAAGAUCAACUUCAGGAUCCAGAUGACUUAGAUGACAGUCACAGGCCAAGUGUUUGCAGCAUGAGUGACCUUGAAAUGGAACCAGAUAAGAAAAUUACCAAGAGAAACAAUGGACAAUUAAUGAAAACAAUUAUUCGCAAAAUAAAUAAAAUGAAGACUUUAAAGAGAAAGAAACUGUUAAAUCAGAUUCUUUCUACUUCAGUAGAACCAAGUAAUAAAGGGAAAGUGCAAUCCAAGCUCCAUAAUACAGUAUCGAGUCUUGCUGCCACAUUUGGCUCUAAAUUGGGCCAACAAAUAAAUGUCAGUAAGAAAGGAACCAUUUACAUAGGAAAGAGGAGGGGUCGCAAACCAAAAACUGUCUUAAAUGGUAUUCUUUCUGGUAGCCCUACUAGCCUUGCUGUACUUGAGCAAACAGCACAACAGGCAGCUGGGUCAGCAUUAGGACAGAUUCUGCCUCCUUUGCUGCCUUCCUCUGCUAGUAGUUCCGAGAUUCUCCCAUCACCUGUUUGCUCUCAGUCUUCUGGGACUAGUGGGGGUCAGAGCCCUGUCAGCAGUGAUGCUGGCUUUGUUGAACCCAGUUCAGUGCCAUAUUUGCAUUUACACUCCAGACAGGGCAGUAUGAUUCAGACUCUUGCAAUGAAGAAGGCCUCAAAGGGCAGGAGGCGAUUAUCUCCUCCUACUUUGUUGCCAAAUUCUCCUUCUCACUUGAGUGAACUCACAUCUCUGAAAGAAGCUACUCCUUCCCCAAUUAGUGAGUCUCAUAGUGAUGAGACCAUUCCCAGUGAUAGUGGGAUCGGAACAGAUAAUAACAGCACAUCAGACAGGGCAGAGAAAUUUUGUGGACAGAAAAAGAGGAGGCAUUCUUUUGAGCAUGUUUCUCUGAUUCCCCCUGAAACUUCUACCGUCUUAAGUGGUCUUAAAGAAAAACAUAAACACAAAUGUAAGCGCAGAAAUCAUGAUUAUCUAAGCUACGACAAGAUAAAACGACAGAAACGAAAACGGAAAAAGAAAUACCCGCAACUCCGAAAUAGACAGGAUCCAGACUUUAUUGCAGAGUUGGAGGAACUAAUAAGUCGUCUAAGUGAAAUUCGAAUCACCCACCGGAGUCAUCAUUUUAUCCCCAGAGACCUUUUGCCUACUAUCUUUCGAAUCAACUUUAAUAGUUUCUAUACACAUCCUUCAUUUCCCUUGGACCCUUUGCACUACAUUAGAAAACCUGACCUAAAAAAGAAAAGGGGGAGGCCCCCAAAGAUGAGGGAGGCAAUGGCUGAGAUGCCUUUCAUGCACAGCCUUAGUUUUCCUCUUUCUAGUACUGGCUUCUAUCCCUCUUACGGCAUGCCUUAUUCUCCCUCACCCCUCACAGCUGCUCCUAUAGGGUUAGGUUACUAUGGGAGGUAUCCUCCCACUCUCUAUCCACCCCCUCCAUCUCCUUCUUUCACCACUCCACUUCCACCCCCUUCUUAUAUGCAUGCUGGUCAUUUACUUCUGAAUCCUACCAAAUACCAUAAGAAAAAACAUAAGCUACUUCGACAGGAGGCCUUCCUUACAACUAGUAGGACUCCCCUCCUUUCCAUGAGUACAUAUCCCAGUGUUCCUCCCGAAAUGGCUUAUGGUUGGAUGGUUGAGCACAAACACAGACAUCGGCACAAACACAGGGAACACCGAUCUGAACAACCCCAGGUUUCCAUGGACACUGGUUCUUCCCGAUCCGUCCUGGAGUCACUGAAGCGCUAUCGCUUCGGAAAGGACUCUGUUGGAGAGCGAUACAAGCAUAAAGAGAAGCAUCGGUGUCAUAUGUCCUGCCCUCAUCUCUCUCCUUCUAAAAGCUUGAUCAACAGAGAAGAACAGUGGGUCCACCGAGAGCCUACAGAAGCUAGUUCCCUGGCCUUGGGAUUGCAGACACCUUUGCAGAUUGACUGUUCAGAAAGUUCUCCAAGUUUAUCUCUUGGAGGUUUUACUCCCAACUCUGAGCCAGCCAGCAGUGAUGAGCAUACAAACCUUUUCACAAGUGCAAUAGGCAGCUGCAGAGUUUCAAACCCUCACUCCAGUGGCCGGAAGAGAUUAACUGAAAGCCCUGGACUCUUUUCCACACAGGACACUACACUCAGUCGUCCUCACAGAAAGGAGCCACUGCCUUCCAGUGAGAGAGCAGUGCAGACUUUAACAGGUUCCCAGUCAACUUCAGAUAAACCCUCCCAGAGACCAUCAGAAAGCACAAACUGUAGCCCUGCCCGAAAAAGGUCUUCAUCCGAGAGUACUUCUUCAACAGUAAAUGGAGUUCCCUCCCGAAGCCCAAGAUUGGUUGCUUCUGGGGAUGAUUCUGUGGAUAGCCUGUUGCAGCGAAUGGUACACAAUGAAGACCAACUACCUGUGGAUAACAGGAUUGAUGCUGUGAUUGCAGCUGCCCCUGCGGCACCUUCUUCUAGUCCAGGGUGCAGCCACAGUAAAGAACGAAUGCUGGGAAAACCAGACAGCCUUCUAGUGCCUGCAGUCCCCAUUGAGUCUUGCAGUAACAGCAUCUCACUCCUUUCUGAAAAAUUGACAAGCAGCUGCUCUCCUCAUCAUAUAAAAAGAAGUGUAAUGGAAGCUAUGCAGCGCCAGGCUCGGAAAAUGUGCAAUUAUGACAAAAUCUUGGCCACUAAGAAAAACUUAGACCAUGUCAAUAAAAUUUUAAAAGCCAAAAAACUUCAGAGGCAGGCCAGGACAGGAAAUAACUUCGUAAAGCGCAGACCAGGUCGACCUCGGAAAUGUCCUCUCCAGGCUGUGGUUUCAAUGCAGGCAUUCCAAGCUGCCCAGUUUGUCAGCCCAGAAUUGAAGGAAACUGAAGAAGGAACAGCACUACACCUCAGUCCUGAUACAGUUACAGAUGUAAUUGAAGCUGUCGUUCAGAGCGUAAACCUGAACCCAGAACAUAAGAAGGGUUUGAAAAGGAAAAGCUGGUUAUUGAAUGAACAGGCCAGGAAGAAGCAGAAACUAUUACCAGAGGAAGAAGAGCAAGAGAAGAAUAAAAGCUUUACUGAAGCUCCAGUUGAAAUUCCCAGUCCUUCUGACACCCCAGCCAAACCUCCCGAACCUGAAAGUACCUUGCAGCCUGUUCUCUGUCUCAUCCCAAGGGAAAAGAAGGCCCCACGUGCCCCAAAGAAGAAAUAUCAGAAAGCAGGGCUGUAUUCUGAUGUUUACAAAACUACAGAUCCAAAGAGCCGAUUGAUCCAGUUCAAGAAAGAGAAACUAGAGUAUACUCCAGGAGAGCAUGAAUAUGGAUUAUUCCCAGCCCCGAUUCAUGUUGGAAAGUAUCUAAGACAAAAGAGAAUUGACUUCCAGCUUCCCUAUGACAUCCUUUGGCAGUGGAAACACAAUCAGCUAUACAAAAAGCCAGAUGUCCCACUAUAUAAAAAAAUUCGUUCAAAUGUCUACGUUGACGUCAAACCCCUUUCUGGUUAUGAGGCUACCACCUGUAACUGUAAGAAGCCAGAUGAUGACACCAGGAAGGGCUGUGUGGAUGACUGCCUCAAUAGAAUGAUCUUUGCUGAAUGUUCCCCCAAUACUUGCCCCUGUGGUGAUCAGUGCUGUAACCAGAGGAUACAGAGGCAUGAGUGGGUGCAAUGUCUGGAACGAUUUCGAGCUGAGGAAAAAGGCUGGGGAAUCCGAACCAAAGAACCCUUAAAAGCUGGGCAGUUCAUCAUUGAAUAUCUCGGGGAGGUUGUCAGCGAACAAGAGUUCAGAAAUAGAAUGAUUGAGCAAUAUCAUAAUCACAGUGACCACUACUGUCUGAAUCUGGAUAGUGGGAUGGUGAUUGACAGUUACCGCAUGGGAAAUGAGGCCCGAUUCAUCAAUCACAGCUGUGACCCGAAUUGUGAAAUGCAGAAAUGGUCUGUUAACGGAGUAUAUCGGAUAGGACUGUAUGCUCUUAAAGAUAUGCCGGCUGGGACUGAACUCACUUAUGAUUACAACUUUCAUUCCUUCAAUGUUGAAAAACAGCAACUUUGUAAAUGUGGCUUUGAGAAGUGUCGGGGAAUCAUCGGAGGCAAAAGUCAACGCAUGAAUGGAGUCAGCAGCAGCAAAAGUAGCCAGCCCGUGAGCACACACAAAAAGUCUGGUCGGUCGAAAGAGAAGAGGAAAUCCAAACACAAGCUGAAGAAAAGGAAAGGUCAUUUAUCUGAAGAAACCAGUGAAAAUGCCAACCCUCCAACAAAAUUAACCCCCCAGUUACAGAUGAAGCCGAUGUCCAAUCGAGAGAGGAAUUUCGUAUUGAAACAUCAUGUAUUCUUGGUUCGAAACUGGGAGAAAAUUCAUCAGAAACAGGAGGAAGUAAAGCAAACUAGUGAUAAUAUUCACUCUGCAUCAUUAUAUACCCGCUGGAAUGGCAUUUGUCGAGAUGAUGGGAAUAUCAAGUCUGAUGUUUUCAUGACCCAGUUCUCUGCCCUGCAAACAGCGCGAUCUGUUAGAACAAGACGCUUGGCGGCUGCAGAAGAAAACAUUGAAGUGGCUCGGGCAGCCCGCUUGGCCCAAAUCUUCAAAGAGAUCUGUGAUGGUAUCAUCUCUUACAAAGAUUCUUCCCGACAAACACUGGCAGCUCCACUUUUGAACCUCCCCCCAAAGAAAAAAAAUGCUGAAUACUAUGAGAAGAUCUCUGAUCCCCUGGAUCUCAGCACCAUAGAAAAGCAAAUCCUUACUGGUUAUUAUAAGACGGUGGAAGCUUUUGAUGCUGACAUGCUCAAGGUCUUUCGGAAUGCUGAGAAGUACUAUGGGCGUAAAUCCCCAAUUGGGAGAGAUGUUUGCCGCCUGCGGAAGGCCUAUUACAAUGCCCGGCAUGAGGCAUCAGCCCAAAUAGAUGAGAUUGUGGGAGAGACAGCAAGUGAAGCAGACAGCAGUGAAACUUCAGUCUCGGAGAAGGAGAAUGGGCAUGAGAAGGACGAUGAUGUUAUCCGCUGUAUUUGUGGUCUCUACAAGGAUGAAGGCCUCAUGAUCCAGUGUGACAAGUGCAUGGUGUGGCAGCACUGUGACUGUAUGGGAGUGAACUCAGACGUUGAACAUUACCUUUGUGAGCAGUGUGAUCCAAGGCCUGUGGACAGGGAGGUGCCCAUGAUCCCUCGGCCCCACUACGCUCAGCCAGGCUGUGUUUACUUCAUUUGUUUGCUCCGAGAUGAUUUGCUGCUUCGUCAAGGUGACUGUGUGUAUCUGAUGAGAGAUAGUCGGCGCACUCCUGAUGGCCAUCCAGUUCGUCAGUCCUAUAGGCUAUUAUCUCACAUUAACCGAGAUAAACUUGACAUCUUCCGCAUUGAGAAGCUUUGGAAAAAUGAAAAAGAGGAACGAUUUGCCUUUGGUCACCAUUAUUUCCGUCCCCAUGAAACCCACCAUUCCCCAUCCCGCCGGUUCUAUCACAAUGAACUGUUUCGUGUGCCACUUUAUGAGAUCAUUCCUCUGGAAGCCGUUGUGGGGACCUGCUGUGUGUUGGACCUUUAUACAUACUGUAAAGGGAGACCCAAAGGAGUGAAGGAGCAAGAUGUCUACAUCUGUGAUUACCGGCUUGACAAAUCCGCACACCUUUUUUAUAAAAUCCACCGGAACCGCUAUCCUGUCUGCACCAAGCCCUAUGCUUUUGAUCACUUCCCCAAGAAGCUCACACCCAAAAGGGAUUUCUCACCUCAUUAUGUUCCAGACAACUACAAGAGGAACGGAGGGCGAUCCUCCUGGAAGUCUGAGCGCUCGAAGCCCCCUCUCAAAGACCUGGGCCAGGAGGAUGAUGCUCUGCCCUUGAUUGAAGAAGUUCUAGCCAGCCAGGAGCAAGCAGCCAGCGAGAUGCACAGCAUGGCAGAGCCAGAACAGGAGCGAGCUGCUGCUGAAAUCAAUGAGGGUGAGAAAAAAGCAGAGGAAAGCAAUCCAGAGGCCCAGCCAGCCUGCACCCCUGAGGAGCGACGGCAUAACCAACGGGAACGACUCAACCAGAUCCUGCUUAAUCUCCUGGAAAAAAUUCCUGGAAAAAAUGCCAUUGACGUGACCUACUUGCUGGAGGAAGGAUCGGGCAGGAAACUGCGAAGGCGUACUUUGUUUAUCCCAGAGAACAGCUUUCGGAAGUGAUCCUCAGGAACAGGAACCUCCUGCAUCUGUGAGCCUGUGGAGCUCAUCAGUCCUGCUCCUGCUCCCUGCGUGUGGACAGGGUGGGAAGGGGCCAUCCAGGCAAGGGCAACGUGGCCAUGUCGUCAAUAUUAGGUACUUAACACACUUUGAGGCUAGUGGAGAGGAAGAGGAAGGGGGUCUGUACAAGACAAUUCAAUUUAAUUAAUUUUCCUCUCCAUUGCAUCACCCUAAUGGUAAUAAUGUAGAAAGGAGGGAGGACCACACUGGGGAGAACCAACACCUGCUGGUACUUGCCUCCCCCAGCAGCUUAGGUUUUUCUGGGUUAUCCUGUGAUCUCACAGGCACUGCUAAGAAGCUGCUUCCUCCACCCAGGUAAAACUCAAUCCAAAGGGAUAGAGCCAGGACCCCCAGCCCUACCCCAUCUGUUCUCCGUUGGCUCCCAGAGCUACCCCGGAGGCAGAAACAGAAAUGCCAGCUGGGACGUCCUCCCACAUCCCUGGUGGGAAUGUUUCUCUCUCCUUUCUGUGCAACCAGGUCAAAGGAAAGCGUGUGUUGAUGGCUCAAAGCACUUAGGGCUACUGCUCCUCUCCCUGCUUCUGCUCCUUCAAACGGAAUUCUGGGACAGGGAGGGCCCCUAUGGGGUCCAAAGGGCAGUGUGUCUUGUAACUAUUUUCAGUUUUUUGUUUCACCCUUCAUAACCUGCCGAACACAUUUUUUUUUCCUAAUGAGAAAGCCAGGCCCCCGCCAACACAUGUGCUGUUUUUGAUGCGCUGUGGUUUCUUGUGUGUCUGCUGUGCUGUGCAAUCAGAAACUAAUUUCACAAUAAAAUCAUUUAACCCCACACAACAGAAACUCUAACCUCCCAACUAAAGUCACUACAUAACCUGUUCAGCAGUAUUCACCUCUCAGAGUAUUUGUUGUGAGUGUAGAUUAUCAACUGAAAACACUACUUUUGUUUUCUUACUUGUACAGGUUCAAUGUUCAUCUCUUAAAGAGACAGUGUUCUCCCUUCCCCUGUAAUCCCACCUCUCCUCCACCCUCCUGAAUGACCUCAUCAUCAGGAGGUAUAUCCAGGGUGUCUCCUUCUCUCCCACUCUUGCCCAGAAGUUACUAGACUAUACUGUCUCUUUAAAAAUGAAAUUUAAAAAGCUUUGCUUUGUUGUCUUUUCAGACAUACAUAUGCAUAUAUGUUUUAGAUGUUCUUAUAAAAGAUGGUUUUUAAAUGUGCCAAGUUGUGUGUAUGUGUGUGUAUAUAUAUGUGUGUGUGUGUGGGUGUGUGUGUAUAUAUAUAUAUAUAUAUAUCUGCUGCGUGAUUGGUAAGCAAUACAAUAGUAAACAUGUCCCCAUUACUUUUUUCUAAUAUUGGACCAAUGCUGUCCUAAUUGUACAUUUUCCCUUAUGAUGACGACGCUCUGACUCGUUUAGGUAGAAACAUUUACCACCUUCCAUUCCAUUGAAUUUUUUUUUUAUUUCCUUUCUGUGUCAUUCUUGAGGGAAAAAAAAAAGAGGCAGGGGAUGCCUAGAUCCCCAUGAGCAGAGAAAAAGCAAAAUAAAUAUUUUAUUAAAGAAAAAAGAGAAUUAAGAAAAUAGUUUGGAGUAUUUUCUUACUGUAGAGAAGCACUGUACAUUACUAAGAGACCUGGGUAUAAGAUCCUCAUGUGUGGAGCUGGAAAAAUCGCAUGUUGAAGCCCAUUUGAGCGGUUUCUUUUGUUUUUCCUUGCAGGGAGUGGGUGGGAGGGAACUGGGACUAGGGGCACUUUGUGGGGGGGGAAGUCUCCUUUUAGUCAAAAGCAAGAAAAUGACAAGAAAGAGAUUAAAAUUCAAUGUUUCCUUUAAUAGUGUUAAAACACUAAAAUUUUAAAAAAGAUAAAAAUUUUAAAAAAACUUUGUAAAAUGCAAAAACAGAAGCAAAAGACACUACGCUCUGUCAUUUUAUCUUUCUUUUGUUGAAAGACUAAAAACAAAUGUUUUUUAGACAAUCAAAUGUUAGGUAAGUGCAAAAACUUGUUUUCUUACUGGUGUAGAAAUUAAUGCCUUUUUUAUUUUUCAGUUAUUUUAUAAUAACAAAAUAUAAGAACCCCCAGCUGCCAGGUGGGUUUUGGUGUUUGAAAUGCGGGACAAAAGCACUACAUCACUGCAAAUAGAUACCAAGUUAGUCUGCAUGUCUGUAGGCUGUGUGAUUGCGGAAAAUAUAAAUGCUGCUAAUAUAUUUCCUUUUUACAAAAGCGUAUCUAAAUAGAUGAUUGUUUUGAUGUUAAUCUUUGUAAAUUAUGUAUUACCAAUUUUAACAUUGGAUGUAAUUGCAUAAAAAGCUUGCAUCUGAAUCCUUGAAAGUCUAGUAUUAAAUGGAAAAAAAACUUUU